AAUCCCACUCUUUCAAGAAGAAAGCCUAAAACAUUCAAGAAAACCAAAAAAGAGGCGCUUCUUCAUCCUAUAUUUCUCUGUCGCCCAACGCAACAAACAACUACAUCAGUUUUCGCAAAACCCAAAAUCCAUAAAGAAGAAUCGUAACAACCGCAAUAUGUUGAAGAGCAAAGCAUUCUCGAGGCAAACCAGACAAGGCAGAAUAAUUAAGGAAGUUAGGGAACACUAUUUACGUGAUGAUAUUUCUUGUGGAGCUCCAUAUUGUGACGAAAAAAAAUGUAAAGAAAAACCUCCUGGCUUAAGUGCCACUGCCACCACUGUUCUUGUUCUUGAUACCAACAUUGUUCUCAACCAGAUUGAUUUGUUGGAGAAUCCAGCUAUUGAUAAUGUGGUGGUGUUAUCGGUGGUGUUGGAUGAGGUCAAGAACAAGAAUAUUGCGGUUUAUAACAGACUCAGGGCUCUAUGUAGCAAUUCUUUAAGGAAGUUCUUUGUCUUUUCUAAUGAAUACCACAAGGAUACUUAUGUGAAGGCCAUGGCUGGUGAAAGUCCAAAUGAUCGAAAUGAUAGAGCUAUUAGGGCCGCGGCUAAAUGGUAUCAGGGUCAUCUUGGCAGCGCAGUAAGCAUCUUGCUAAUUACGAAUGACAGAGAGAACAAGAGGAAGGCAAUUGAAGAGGGAAUUUCUGCUGAGACAGUUGAGUGUUAUGUAAAGUCACUUGGUCAGCCGGAAUUGCUUGACCUAAUAGUUCAGCCUCCUUCUGAAGAUGUUAAUAUGGAUGAUGUUGAUGAUUUGAGGCCUAAAAAGCGAAAAAUCAUUUAUAAUGAGCAUAAGCCCAUGUCGGAAAUUACUUCUGGCUUGCUUCGGGGACUUCUUCACCAGGGGAAACUUCGUGUUAACCGUUUUAAUCCAUUUGAAGCAUAUGUUGGAAGUGAAAGCAUUGGUGAUGAGAUAAUUAUAUACGGGCGUGCAAACAUGAAUAGGGCUUUUGAUGGUGAUAUAGUGGCAGUUGAGCUUUUGCCUCAAGAACAGUGGCACGAGGAGAAGUCUUUGUCAUUGGCUGAUGAAGACGACGAAGAAGAAGAUGUUCAUUUAGCUCCAAAUACCGCUGAUGAUGCUCCUAGAGUCAUGAAUCAAGGGAAAACUGAACCUGAGGAAGUGAAACCUUCUCGCCCAACUGGACGUGUUGUUGGUAUCAUAAAGCGGAACUGGCACUCUUACUGUGGAUCCUUGGAGCCAAUGCCUAUGCCAGCAGGUGAUGGUGGUCGAGCCCAUGCCUUAUUUGUAUCCAAAGACCGCAGAAUCCCUAAGAUACGGAUACAAACUCGUCAAUUGGGAAAUUUGCUGGAUAAACGGAUUAUCGUUGCGGUUGAUUCAUGGGAUCGUCUGUCCCGAUAUCCAACCGGUCACUAUGUCAGGACAAUUGGAGAAAUAGGUGAUAGGGACACUGAAACAGAGGUGGUAUUAAUAGAGAAUGAUAUAGAUGCCAGGCCAUUUUCUGCCCAAGUGUUGGCGUGCUUGCCACCAUUACCUUGGUCUGUGUCUUCUCAAGAUUUGACAAAUCCUAUUAGACAGGAUUUGCGUCAUCUGCGUGUAUGUAGUGUGGACCCUCCUGGAUGCAGGGAUAUUGAUGAUGCAUUGCAUUGUAUGCCUCUUCCAAAUGGAAAUUUUGAAGUGGGAGUUCAUAUUGCUGAUGUUACUAAUUUUGUUUAUCCUGGAACUCCCCUUGAUGAUGAGGCUUCACAAAGAGGCACUUCUGUAUAUCUUGUAGAGCGUAGAAUCGACAUGCUUCCAAAACCUCUUACAGAAGAUAUUUGUUCACUUCGUGCUGAUGUUGAAAGACUAGCUUUCUCAGUUAUCUGGGAAAUGACACCUGAUGCUGAGAUAAUUUCUACAAGAUACACUAAAAGCGUGAUUAAAUCGUGUGCAGCAUUAUCCUAUGUCGAGGCUCAAGCGAGAAUGGAUGACAGUCGCUUGGUGGAUCCAAUAACUUCAGAUUUACGAAAUUUAAAUGGGUUAGCCAAGAUAAUGAGGCAAAGACGUAUUGAUAGGGGUGCACUGACACUUGCUUCUGCUGAAGUCAAAUUUCAGAUUGAUACUGAAACUCAUGACCCUCUUGAUAUCGGCAUGUAUCAGAUUCGUGAAGCAAACCAAAUGGUUGAGGAGUUUAUGCUUGCUGCUAAUGUUGCAGUUGCUGAAAAAAUCCUGAUGCAUUUUCCGCUCUGCUCACUAUUAAGACGCCAUCCAAGCCCAACCAAAGAAAUGCUUGAGCCUCUUCUCCGCACAGCUGAAUCAGUUGGUCUUAGUUUGGAUGUGACAUCAUCCAAAGCAUUGGCUGACUCCCUAGAUCGUGCUGUGGGUGAUCAUGAUCCGUACUUCAACAAGCUGAUUCGAAUUCUGGCAACCAGAUGCAUGACACAGGCGGUUUACUUCUGUAGUGGAGACCUUAGUCCUCCGGAAUAUCUUCAUUAUGGUCUUGCCUCUCCACUUUAUACUCAUUUCACCUCGCCCAUUAGAAGAUAUGCUGAUGUCAUCGUUCAUCGGUUGCUUGCUGCUUCUUUGGGGAUUUAUAAGCUUCCUGGUGUUUUCCAAGAUAGAUCCAAGCUAACUAGUAUUUCUGACAAUCUAAAUUAUCGGCAUAGGAAUGCUCAGAUGGCCAGCAGAGCGUCAGUAGAGCUCCAUACCCUCAUUUUCUUCAGGAAGCGGCCAACAGAUACAGAGGCAAGAAUAGUAAAAAUAAGAUCCAAUGGCUUCAUUGUGUUUGUGCCCAAGUAUGGUAUUGAAGGGCCUGUAUACUUGACCUCAAAAGGCGACAAUGGAGGGGAAUGGUCGGUCGAUGAGAAACAACAGAAAAUUAAAAAGCUUGAUGGGAGUGUUUCGUAUGGUGUACUUGGAACUGUGAGGAUUCACAUGGAGGUGGUUGAGCCCCAGCCUAAUCGGCCUAAACUCCAACUGACCCUUGUAUGAGACCAACAACUUUAUCAAGGAAGUUUUAAUUUAAAAAAACUUUACCAAGAAAGUGGGAUAAGUCUAGGUCGAUAGUACGUAGUUGUUAGUCCGGUGUGAGUGACUUAGUUUGUAACUGUCAAGAUGAUUGGAUGAUGCAGCUCCAUAAACAUAUAAAAUAUAUACAUAAAUUUUCCAAAAAUUAUUCUUUUAUCGCGUUCUGCCACA